CAAUCGAUCAGCGAGAGGAAGAUGGCGCUCAACCAAGUCAACAGCACAGGACCGAUCCCCGAAAAACUCGAUCGGGUCCAUUACUAAAAUCAACUUUUCCUGGUAGUAGCCGAGCCGCAGGUUCGAGGACGCAUCAAAGGAGCGAGCCUAAACACGCGAUUCCGGUGAAUCUGCGGUCAGCUUCUUGCUCAUCCAAAAAGCCUUGAAGGACAAUGGAGUUCCCCUGGCACAGUGGGAAGGUUCUGGAGCAGUUCAACAACCAGCGCAAGCAGGGUUUGUUGUGUGACUGCACAUUUGUUGUGGAUGGAGUGGACUUCAAGGCCCACAAAUGCGUGCUGGCAGCCUGCAGCGUCUACUUCCGCACGCUCUUCCUGGAACAGAAGGAUGUGGUGCAUCUGGACAUCAGCAAUGCUGCAGGUUUGGCCCAGGUCCUGGAAUUCAUGUACACAGCCAAGCUGAGUUUAACUCCUGAAAACUUGGAGGACGUGAUGGGCGUUGCCAAUUUCCUACAAAUGCAAGAGAUUGUAAACGCUUGCUCCUUGUACCAGUCGGUGGCCGACCCGGCUCCAUCCCAUAUCAUACUCGAUGUUGCUGAAGGAGAAAAAAUAUGCGAAAGCCCGCCGACAGAGGAUGGUGAAAAUGACCUGGCUGAGGUGCCAUUAGAGGCAGAGCAGAGUUCUUCCACAACAACCACGGAAGACAACAACAAGCUAACAGAUGGCCAGGACCAAACUGAGCUCCCUUUGAAAACACAGAAGACAGACACAACCAAAAGUAGUGCCACACAAAAGGAAGCGUUUGUGAAGAACGAGGAGGAGGAUAGUGACGCUGCACAAGACGCUACAUCGACUUUUCAGGAUGACCCUUCUGACGUAGACUACGCCCCCAGUGCACCCAUCAAAUCAGUAACCACCCCGAUUUUUACCAAUUCCCGUGGGAGGCGAAUUAGGAAACCUCGACGAAACUUCCCUCAUGACGACAAAGGCAUAAAAACGGAAGCAGAGAAAAGCACGACGACACCGGGCGAGAACGAUGAACGUGAGGAGGUUGGCGAAGAAGACAAGACCGCCGAGGCGCACUCGGACAACAGUCAGUCCAAGGGGGACGGAGGCAACGACGCAGACGAGAGAGCGGCCCACUGCAGCGCUAUCAGCGGCCGAUCCGAAUCGAAGCCGUACAGCUCCAUGACGCACAAAUGCGAGGACUGCGGGAAGAAAUUCACGCAUACUGGCAAUUUUAAGAGACACGUGCGCAUCCACACGGGGGAGAAACCCUUCGCCUGUCGAGACUGCAACAAGGCUUUCUCCGAUGCGGCGGCUUGCAAAGCUCAUGAGAAAACGCACAGCCCCCUGAAACCAUUCUGCUGCUCAAUCUGCGGGAAGAGCUACCGUCAGAUCAGCCUGCUCAACCUGCACCGCAAGCGGCACACGGGCGAGGCGCGCUACAGCUGCGAGUCGUGCGACAAGCUCUUCACCACCUCGGGGAACCUGAAGCGCCACCGCCUGGUGCACAGCGGUCUGAAGCCGUACCACUGCCAAUACUGCGACAAGGCUUUCUCGGACCCCACCGCCAAGAUGCGACACUUGGAGACGCACGACGCCAACAAGGGCAACAAGUGUCCGCACUGCGACAAACGCUUCAAUCAGCCCGGAAACCUGAAGGCCCACUUAAAAAUCCACAUCGCCGACGGGCCCCUGAAAUGCAGAGAAUGCGGCAAACAAUUCACCACCUCAGGGAAUCUGAAGCGCCAUUCACGGGUGCACAGUGGCGAGAAACCGUACGUCUGUACACACUGCCAAAGAGCCUUCAGUGAUCCUGGAGCUCUGCAGCGCCAUGAGCGCAUCCACACAGGAGAGAAGCCUUGCGUGUGUCCCACCUGUGGCAAAGCCUUCACCCAGGCCAGCUCCCUCAUUGCACAUGUCCGCCAGCACACCGGAGAGAAACCUUACGUGUGUGAUCGUUGUGGGAAAAGGUUUGUACAGUCCAGUCAACUGGCCAACCACAUUCGCCACCACGACAACGUCCGCCCUCACCAGUGUCAAAUGUGCAAUAAGUCAUUUGUCAACGUGGGCGACCUUUCCAAGCACGUCAUCGUUCACACAGGAGAGAAGCCCUUCCUGUGCGACAAAUGCGGCAGAGGCUUCAAUCGCGUCGACAAUCUGCGCUCUCACAUCAAAACCGUCCACCGCGGCAAGGCCGGCAUAAAGCGGCGGCGGCGGCCCGGCAACGGUAGCGAUGAGGAGAUGGACGGCUGCGUCGAGGCAUCCACCUCAGACGGCGAGCUCAACAUUGUCACCGUCUCGGAGAACAUUGUUACCCUGGCGACGGAAGCCCUGGCGGCCAGCACUGUGGCUCAGCUAACAGUGUUACCAGUGGACGCAUCCGUGUGUGCCGACGCGACGGAAGCUUUGAAAGCGGAAAUUACCAAGGCAGUUGAGAAAGUGCAGGAAGCAGACCCCAACACACAGAUACUUUAUGCCUGCGAUUCAUGCGGGGAUAAAUUCCUGGAUGCUAACUCGCUAGCCCAGCACGUCCGCAUUCACACAGCCCAGGCCUUGGUCAUGUUUCAAGCCGACUCUGACUUCUACCAGUACACUGCAGUCAGCGGCGCCGAGGGGGACGGCGCCGCAACGUGGCAGACGGCAUCCGAGCAGGUGAUCCAGGAAGGGGAGCUCAUUUUCCGUGGCCAAGAUGGAGACGGGAAUUUAGAAGAGGGCGUGAUUGAGGAGCCGCAAGGGGAAGACGGACUGCUCGAUGGGAAGAAGGGGGACGGCGGGCAGAUGGAGAUGCUGGCUGAGCUCCAGACGGAUCGAAAAGUGGAAGGAGAGCUCAUCGUGUGUGAGGUUCAGGUGUAGUCAUUGUUCUUUUUAAAGGUUCCCACUCAAGCUGUGUUAGCAUUUCAAAACACCUUCCAGUGGACGCAAUACUUUGGAAGGUAGGCGUUGACGGUGUAUACCAUUCCAACACUUUACAUAACCUUUAUUUUUUGCAUUGUAUUGCUGAACAGUGCAUCGUCGAUUAUGGAAAAAAAGAACAUUAUGAGCUGUUGUUUGUCACCAUUGGAUAUGUACAUUUUCCUUGAAGAAAUUAUUUUAUGUAUUAAGUAUUUUCCUAGAAAGAUUUGUUUGAGCACAGUAUACUUAUUUUGUCUUUCAAGUCUUACAGUGGUAUUAAAUAUGAUCACUUUUACGUUUGUUUUUUUAAGGACAGUUUAAAAUGCAUUGCAUUAAAAUUGUCCCAAAUUGCAUCGUCAAAGUUUACGUUGUGGAGUUCCCCUUUUUCAAAUGUAAAAUGGUGGCCAUAUAUAUACAAUUAGAAUAAGUUGAAUUAAAGGCAAUUAAUGAAUGGCGA